CUUUCAGCAAUGUCGACCUUAACUCCCGCAGAACAAGAAGAACAAAAGAAGAUUGUCGAAACUUUUCAACGGCUACGCGAACAACAGCAAGAGAUUGCACAGGAAAUCACUCGCAUCGAAGAGGAAAAGCGGGAGUUUGGACGAGUUAUUGAGCUUUUGAAAGAAUUAGAUGGAGAGCAGAAGUGUUUCCGAUUGAUCAGUGAUACUCUUGUCGAAUACACAGUUACCGAUGUAAUACCUGUUUUGGAGAAGAAUCUCGCAAAUCUUGGAGUUGUAUCUACUGAGCUGAAUAAGAGAUUAGUCGAGAAAGGCAACGAACUAAAUGCCCACAAAGAAAAGCAUAAUAUCCGAUUCCUCACCGAGAAGGAGACACAGGAAAUAAAGGAGAAGCAACUAUUAGCUUUGCAACAACAGCAACAGCGAAAACCAGCACCGUCCUGAUCUCUCCGCGCAGAAAAGAAAGUACGUGCUUUCCCGAUGUAUGAAUAUUGUUUUGUUUUUGCUUGAGUCUUUGUUUGCGCGAAUAUUUUGCUGA